UACUUAGCUUUAUGAUACAGUAUCUAUAAAACUAGGAUUUUUAUUGCUAAGCAGGUGCAACUAUUUAUUUUCUACAUUAGAAAAUACAUUAUUAUUGUCAUUGAGGUAUAUUUUUACUGGGCGUCUUCAACCACUUUUGGCAUAGUUUGUAACGGGAUCCAAAGAAAUCGUGAACAGACAUCUAUUCGAGCCAAUGAAACCGCUUGUUUCCUGCGGUUUGUGGAACCCAAAUCCAGGCCUGACUACAGUAGCGUAAUGUCAUCAGCUCAGAGACGGAAAAUGAAGCGGUUUUUCCCCCCUAGUUAAAUGAAAGUCAAUGAACUAAGAAGACCAGACCCAUCUGUUAUUGCAUUGGUGUCAGUUAAGUAGACCUGAAUUUACAAUUUAUGUUCAAUGGUAAACGGACAGAGUGAACAAUCUUAAUCUAUCUGCCAUCUUUGAUCAGCUGUCAAGACACAAACUACACGCGUGUCGCUAAUACUACGAAAAUAGACUUCAGUUCAUUGAAGAGAUGGCGCUAAUUGGAGUGCAGCUGGUGGUCAGCUUGCUGGCUGCUAGCAUCAUGCAGAGAAUGACUCCACAUUGUUCUUUUGCCCGCUGGCUUCUAUGCAAUGGCAGUCUAUUCCGGUUCAAACACCCCUCUGAAGGAGAGCUGUGUGCCCUGGCAGGCAAACAGAUGCCCAGCAAGCCCAGCAGGAGAGACAGGAGACAGAAUGGGGACAGCAAGCCUCUCACAGUGCCGAAGGACAUCGACCUUAACUUGGAAAAAGCUCCAAUUGGCGUCCUUGAUGCCCUUGUACUGCGAUUCUUCCUGGAGUACCAGUGGUUGAUUGACUUUGCAUUGUAUGCGAUGGGCAUCUACCUUUUCACUGAGGGCUACUUCUGUGUAGUUGACCCUGCCAUGGAGGUCCACAUUGGGGCCAUCUGGUGUGUGCUGACUGUUCUCUGCUGCCUGAAAACCCUCCACUCCCUGAUGGGCCACUAUUUUCGGUCUGAUGAGGGGGGUGAGCGUUCGGUGUGCUUGGCCUUUGGUUUCCUAUCUCUGCUGGUGGCCAUGUUGGUGCUAGUGGUCAGAGAAGACUACCUGGAGUUUGGCCUGGAGCCUGGUUUUAACAGUCUUUUUGACAACCUUGAGGUUUUCGCAAAACAGCAAGGCUUUGCUGAGUGGUCAGUCCCGGUGACCAAGCUGACUGUGAAGUUGGGUCUGGCUGCCAUCUGUGCUUUUAUUGGUGCUUUGCUGGCCUUCCCUGGCCUCCGCCUAGCCCAGACCCACCUGGACGCAGUUCAGAUGAACUCAGACCGCCCAUUCAUCCAGAUUCUGUUGCACAUUAGUUUUCUGGCUCCAGUGGUGGUGAUCGUGUUGUGGAUCAAACCCAUCGCUAGGGACUUCUUGGGGAACGCUCCCAUGGGGAAGACCUCAGUCACGCUUAUGUCAAGCGCAACGUUUGACAGUGUUCGUCUGUGGACGGUGGUGGUGCUGUGCUGCCUGAGGCUGGCCCUGACCCGCUACCACAUGCAGGCCUACCUCAACCUGUCCCAGAAGUGGGUGGACCAGAUGAAGAAGGAGGCAGGACGCAUCGCUGCCAUCGACAUCCAGAGGAAGGUGACCCGUGUGUUCUGCUACCUGACCAUAGUCACCCUGCAGUACGUGAUCCCUGUUUUUCUCCUCCUCUUCUCUACCCUGGUUCUGAAGGUCCUGGGUGACUUCUCAUGGAGUGGUGCGGAGCAGGUUCCGGGGGUGACUCCUGCCCUGGUAAUGCCCACGGUCACUCCCGUCCUGCCAGGGCUGGAGGAGGACGAGGAUGGGGUGGAGUACAUGGAGGAGGACAUCCAGGCCACGGUGGCCCGUCUGACAGAGGGCUUCUCAGCCCUGCGCUCCGUCCUCACCCCCCUCUUCUUCAGAGGCCUCUUUGCCUUCCUUACCUGGUGGGUGGCCGCCUGCCAGGUCAUCAGCAGCCUCUUUGGCAUCUACUUCCACCAGUACCUCAUGCAGAACUGAGGAAGAAUACACAGAACUACACUACCCACAAUACCUAGCUAACACAAGCCCAGUGUGACUGAAGUGUGAUGUAGGCAGGUAAAACUCUUUAACACAACAGGACAGGAUGGGUGCUCUUGUCUUACUGUAACUAAGCUGUCACAGAUGUAAAAAAGGACAUGUGAGGGUUUCUUCUGACACACAGAUGAUGUUGCCUGUGACUGCCUGGGGGCUAUGAUGGAGAUGCAGUAUAAUGGGGACUGAACUCUGUCCCUUGCUACUUAACACAUUUCUCUUAAGCCAGUGUUAACCUUCUUCAUUUUUCAUCACACAAUAUUGUUAAAUGCUGCAAAUGAGACUUUACUAUUAGGAAAAAGGUACCACUACACUACAGCCUCGUUUGCUAUUAGACAGAUUCAGAAGCUCUUGAUGCUUUUUUUAUUUUCGUCCUAUAGUUCUGCUAUAUACCAUACCGAUUGUCAUGAACCCAUGGAGUUCAGUCUAUUUAGCAGUUAUCACCACUUGUGUAUGGAUUGAUCAAACUCGGGCCUCGCCUGUUCAUUCUCCUUAAUCAUUUAUACCCACCUUUAAAACAAAGCACUGCGGAUCAGUUACUGUGUUUAUUUAAUGAAGGGAUUCAAAGAGGAAUUCCAAGUGCCUGGAAACUCAGGGAUUUUAAAUCGAUGAUAAGAUCUCCUUUUUUCAUUAAAUGUUUUUUUUCUCUGUAAAAUGGUAGACUGGUGAUAGACCUUUAUCUGUAUCAUUGAAUAACACUCCAGCCCAGACUGGAUUUGGCCAAAUGUACCUGUUAUCAACCAUCUUUCAGUCUCAACAAAGUAUGUUAGUUGUUUGAACAAGGUACUUUGUCUUUUUAUUGCUGCCAAACUAUAAUUUACAGAUGUAGGCUUAGAACAAAUCUCGCUCAAAAACUUUAACCUAGUUCUGAAAUGCGUUGCUGAUUUGUAGGUUCAACGGGUUGUUUUUUAAUGUAUUUAUUUCUACUCUAUUGCCCCUGGUCAUAUUGUGUUGGAAAGGUACAGGUGUCGUGCUGCUGUACAUUUGGGUCAUGGUUUAUGGCACGUGUGAUUUAUUUGGUUGAAUGUUCGCUAAUCAUUUCACGGUGUGUGGUUUGUAUGAAGAUGCUGUUUUUACAAUUAAGAGACUUCUGAAUGCAUGGCGUUUUAACUUUUUAGUGUUUUAUUUGGUUGUGUGGCUUAAUAAAACAAUAAUUGAAUAUU